AUGGUGGCAGAUGUGUACAGGCAAGGACCAGCUGCUGUCCGGAAGGCAUCUCAAUUACUACUCCCUCAUAUCCGUCCACAAGUUGCAGGCCUACUAGAGCCUAGGGAGUCAGAGGCUCCAAAGGGGCGACCACCAAAGAGGUCGAACACUAGAGAUCCUUCUUGGUUUGAGCACGAGAGGGCACGGUCGGCAAAGAGGAGCAAAACAAAUCAAAACACGAAAAAGACACAGAAGACGACUCCUACAGGAGGUGUCUCGAAAAGUCAGCAUAUGCAAGUCCACAAUGAGAGAAAUGUGUGUCCCUAUCUCCGCUACAUCCCACCUAGUGUGCGCCCUCUUCUUAGAGUUGAUGGGGUGACACCAAUACCUCCUUUUAGUCCACAGUGGUCUCACUUCCGGGAUAUGCUAAGAGUUGCUGAUUGGGAUUCAUUAUAUGAGGCGGAGCGUCAAUUGUAUAUCGAUCUUGGAGGACAUCAUCCCGCCAAUGAUGAUGAGAGUGAUUAA